GUAUUUAGGAGCCGCAUCUCAAAGAUGGGCGCAGAAUUAUUUUUCUAGUAACUCUGCUCUAUUGCUGACUCAGCGGCUAGAUGCUAAUUUGAUAUCACUUUCAAUGACUCCAGUAGGGGCGCCGCGAAAUGCGAAUAUCAUUACCAAUCAGGAUGCGUAUGUGGUGCAUACGGAAACGGCAUCCAGCAGCAUGGUCCGCAGUUGCAUCACCACUUUCCCCCCAUGUAAGGCCUUUAAAACAUUUCACAGAAUCGACUGAGUAGUUUCUAUUACAGUGACUCCAACAGGAUGCUAAGAUACUGCCAAAUACGUCCCAAACCUGAUUCAUAUACUGACAAAAAAUAUAAAGGUAAUUUUCAGGUUAUGAAAAAAGUUAUGAAAAUUAUUUAUCAAUUAAACAGCAGAACUCAUGUGCACAAUGGUUUAUGGGAUAGAUCGAAAUAUAAAACAAUUAUUUACACCAAGUAAAAUGGUUUACAUAUAUACAUUGUAUAUCACAGAAAUAUGUUUACAUCUUGAUAUUUUUAGUACCCAGUAAGGUGCGUUGGGGUAAGUUCGGCGCUGGGGUAAGUACGUAGAAAUCAAAUUUUCAAUCUAUUCGACCAUAAUUUUUAAUGCUCGCCACAUUGCGUGCCACGCCGUUAUGUUCCACCCCGUCCGCAGUGGCCGCCAAUGGCUCCAACAAGUCGGACGUGUACUACGCGUACUUAGAGAAAACAAGAUGCCACGUAAAUACUCACGAACCUCUUCGCGGGCCACUUCUUAUACAAAAGAAGCGCUGAAAUUAGCCAUGCAGAAAAUAAAUAAUAAGGAGCUCACCUAUGCAGCCGCUUCAAAAAUGUACGGCAUACCUACAUCCACACUUAGUGAUAGAAUCCUAAAGAAAACAGCAAUAGUAAGUAACACCCUUGGUAGGCCGACAGCUAUCCCAGUGGCUUUAGAAGCUAAGCUGGCAAACUGCCUACGAACACUGGAAAAGUGGGGGUGGGGCUUAUCAAGAGAAGAGGUACUUGAUGUAACACAGGAUUUUAUAAAAAGAAAUAAAAUACAAACCCCCUUUAAGAAUGACAGACCGGGAUCAGACUGGUUUAUAUCUUUUCGACAGCGCCACAAUUUGUCAAUAAAAAAGCCGCAACCUGUUGAAUACCUAAGAAAAAAAAUGACUGAUCCAUUUAUCAUUAAUGAGUAUUUUACUCUUCUCGAAAAGACACUCCACGAAUUAAAUCUUUCAGAUCCCAAGCGAAUCUGGAAUCUCGAUGAAACAUCUGUUUGUCUCGAUCCCACAAAAACGAAAGUUGUAGGUGCCACAGGGGAGCCUUGUACACGAACAACAUGUGGAAGCGCUAAAGAAAAUAUUACAGUGUUGACUACUGUAAAUGCAGCGGGACAAAAAUUGGACCCCCUGAUCGUAUUUAAGGGCAAACACAUGUACGAACAAUGGAUGUUAGAGAAUCCCGAAAAAUACGAUUUCGAUCUUGCGUAUGCAGCCAGCAAACGAGGCUGGAUGGAAACAAAUAUUUUUUAUGAUUACAUGUUAAAAGUAAUUAUACCUAAUUUGGGUAAAGCCAGGCCCGUAUUAUUGCUGUAUGAUGGACAUGUCAGUCAUGUCGAUGACAAAGUGGUAGCUUUAGCAGUGGAAAACAACAUCACCAUAUUAAAGCUUCCUGCACAUACAUCACAUUUAUUGCAACCGCUAGACUUGGCUGUGUUCAAAUCUUUUAAAACAAUUUGGGAUAAAAACCUUGUAAAAUGGCAACGACAAAACGUUGGAAUCAAAUUAAGAAAACAAAGUUUUGCUAAAAUGUUUGCUGAAGCGUGGCAGGAAACAAAACCACAAGUAAUCCGAAAUGGCUUUAAAAAAGGUGGUAUUUACCCUUUUAAUCCUGCGGUUAUACCAAAGCACAAGUAUGAUCCAGCAGCUUAUUCGAGAUGGCAAAAACACAUGGUUUCAGUGACUUUACAAGUGAAAUCUUUAAAACAGAUAUGUGUUGAUAAAAUAAAUAAGAUCAUAUGGUAUGACAGCUCUACUUCUAUACCAAACAAUAACCUUAUUUACACUGAAAUUUUGGACUCACCGAACACUUUAAAACCUAGAGACAGCCUGCCGCAACCACUUGCCACUUUCGAAGAAUUACUUCUAGAAAAAGUUUCCCAACAUCCUCAGAACACUAAAAACAAUAUAGCUGUUAAGUUAAAAAGGAUCGCGAAAGGUGCAGAAGUAAUUACAAAAACUUUUUUAGAAAAACAGCAAGCGAUAGAAGUACCAGAGAAAAAAGCAGUAAAAAAGACAACAAAACGGAAGCAAAAAACAGUAUCUCAAUCUCAAAAUUAUACAAUUGAUCCUAUACCAGGACCAUCUGGAAUUCAAAAUCAAAAUUUAAAAAUAGAAAAAACCAUAACGAAUGUAUCGAUUUUGACUAAUAAGAACAGCACUGACGUGUCUUCUCAAGAAGGCAAACAAGUAGGAAAAAAAACUCGAGCAAGCAAAGAAAAUUAUUUGAAAGUAAACAAGUAUCCUGAACAAAGCAAAACAAGUGUUUUACGUAAACUGGAAAAUAAAUCUGCCCAAAAGAGAACUACAAACACACCCACAAAAAAGCGUAAAAGGGCUAACAGCAGUGCUACGACAAUUGAAAGCGUUCAGAUGAGCCUAUAUAGUGAUUCCGAUUUAUUAGAACCUUUGAGCGAUAUAAUAUUAUCUGACUGUGAUAAAUGGACUGACUUUAAUUAUUAUGAGGAAAACAAGACUGACUUAGAAUUCGCGUCUAGAGAACAGCAAAUUGAAAGAAUUGUCAAAGAAAUACACGGCAUUGAUAAUCAAGAGAGAAAUGCAUGUCAAAGAGACCACGAUACUUUGAUGAGACCGGACGAGAGUUGUGAGAUAGAAGAAUUUCCAGAAUUUGAUACCAAAGAAACAAACGUUCAGGCGAAUGAUAAUAAUAAAGUGACUAUUUUAUCGUCCGUAAAAAUGACACCAGGUAACCAAGCUUUCUACAACAUUUUACCUGAAAGUUUACAACUAAAUCCAAUUGACAAAGAUUUAGAUUUGUUUACAAACCAAAAGCGAAAAUUGUCACAAAGUACAAGCGUAUCGAAUAUACCAAAGAAAAAAAUAAAGAGACUUAAUUUUCCUACAAAAACAACGACAAUUAAAGAUCAAAAGGAUUUCAGUGGAAACUUGUAUAUCAACAUUGAUAAGGAUGAUGACAGUGCUACCAAAAAUGAUAUUGCUGAUUCGAAGACAUACAACAUAGGAGAUACAGUACUUGUUAGAUAUUUCAAAAGAAGUUGGACAUAUUACGUCGGUAUCAUUGAAAAUAAUAAUAGCAAUUCACACCCAAAAAUUUACAACAUUACAUUCUAUAGGACUAUUGGCAAGAAAAACAACCUGAGAUUUGUUAUUCCUAAGCGUAAAGACCAAGACUACGUACCUGAUUCUAAUAUAGUUAAAGUGAUAGAAUUACUACAGAUAAAUGAGGAUCCUAUUGAGUAUACUCUCAUGAAUGACUAUGAUGAGAAUUUCUUUUAAAUUGAAUAAUGUUCAUGUUAAUUUAAUACAAUUACUUUAUUUCGUGUUUGUGAUUUCCAUACUUUAAGAUGAUAAAAUGAUCCUCAAAAGUGAAAAAGUUAUUUUGUUUUUGAUAAUUAUAUUUUGAAGUAUUGAUUACUUUGAAGUUAUGACCGUUUUCUUAGACAUUUCUGUCUUUUCUUAAUAAUGAUACGUUUGAUUGUUAUAAUUAUUUGUAUUCAUAAAUAUAUUUUUUUACAGAAUUA